UCCUUUCCCAUCUUAUCCAGUCCUAAAUUUGGUCACAACUUGCCAAACAAGUCUGUCGGAAGCCUGUUUGUACCGCGCGAAAUGACAAAACGAGAAAUGCAUCGAGUAAAAAAAUUAAGUGAAAAAUUGACGUAUUCAUGUGUAAUUUGUAUCAGAGAUGGCUGGGAAAGUGACGCGCGUGGGUAACAAAAACCAGGGCGGGAGGGGCGCUGGGGUUCUCCACGUGCAUCGGGUGUCGGAAGGUUGGUUUGGGAGCUUCAGCAGCUGCACAAUGUUUGGAGAAAUAUCAUCAUUCUCCAGGGAAUGUGAAAAACCCUUGGAAAUACUCAGAGAGAAGAAACCCACAUUUGUGUGUGCCCCAAUGGUUCGGUAUUCCAAGCUGGCAUUCAGAAACCUUGUGCGACUGUAUGGAUGCGAUAUUGCGUUCACUCCAAUGAUAAUGUCGGACUCCUUCGUUAGAUCUGAAAAGGCAAGAGAUAAUGAAUUCACCACAAACACAGCCGACCACCCGUUGAUCGUGCAAUUUGCAGCCAACAACCCCAGUGACUUCGCUAAUGCCUCGGAGCUAGUGUCCAGGUGGUGUCAGGGUGUUGACCUGAACUGUGGCUGCCCGCAGCGCUGGGCCCAGCAGGAGGGCAUCGGCGCCUGCCUCAUUCACAAGCCCCAGCUGGUGUAUGAUAUCGUGAGGCAGACGAGAAACCGGAUACCAGACAACGACUUCACAGUCUCCGUGAAGAUACGGGUACACAAAGACGUCAGGGAGACGGUGGAGCUGUGCCGGCGGGCCGAGGCGGCCGGCGUGGCGUUCGUCACCGUGCACGGCCGGACGGCGCAGCAGCGGCGCGAGCCCGUCCAGCUGGACGCCAUCCGCCAGGUGGCCGACGCGCUGCGCGUGCCCGUGCUGGCCAACGGCGACAUCCGCUCCCGAGAGGAUGCGCUUGCCACGGCCGACGCCACCGGCGUGAACGGCGUGAUGGCGGCGCAGGGCCUGCUCAACAACCCGGCGCUGUUUUCGGGCGCGCCCAGCACGCCGCCCAGCUGCGUGCGCGACUGGGUGCGGCUGGCCACCGACGCUGGCACGCCGUUCGCGUGCUUCCACCACCAUCUCAUCUACAUGCUGGAGCGGCUGAUGCCGCGCGUGCUGCGGCGCAGCUUCAACGUGCUGCCCAGCCACGCGGCGGUGCUGCAGUUCCUGCGGCACGAGCUGGAGCUGGACGUGUGAGGCGGGGCGCGCCGCGGAGGAGCGCCGGGGUCUGGCGGCCGGCGCGGUGGUCUGCAGCGAGCGGGGCGCAUCGGCACGUGGGUCCCGACGGCAGCAGGAGCCGGGGCAACCGGUGAUCGGUACACGCGGUGUUUGCGUUGCAGUGUGUUGUGAGGAGGUCAGGUCAGGUGUGGUGUGACGGACGUGCUGUGGGACUGCCCGGAGCGUCUGUCCAGACUUGGUUUUGUCUUCUGGCCAGUACUGCGACCCUGCAACGGUGUGUAAUGCGGCAGACAGGCCGGCUGCAAUGCUGCCUCAUCAUCCUAUCGUUCGCCAUUUUGCACUGGCCGGCGCCCGUUUCCCUACAUUUUUAGGUGUGAAUGAUGAGCGAUCUGAACACGCCCUCCCUGGAUAUUUGCAUCCUAUGAUCGCGACUCAGUCAGAGGUUUGGCGUGACACGAGCGAUACAUUUUUGGCGACAUUUUAUGACCAGUGUUACACACUGGGCGUGAAUGUUUAUCGUUAAUACGGUCUCUCAAACACAGGGAGGUGAAAUACAAUGUAUCGCGGUGUA